GGCCCGUCUGUUGUCAUCCGUCACCAGGGUAUCGCCGGCGGCCUCGCAGGAGCUGGGGGGCCGCGACGACACGAGAGCGAACGGGCGUUGCGAGGGACCGAGCGCAGUUCAAGGCCAGUCACCGGGUACAAGGAGCGGCUGAGUAGCGCGUGCGGUGGCCGCCCGCAGUCAGGCUGCAGCCGGCAGACGUGUGAGUGUGGAGCCCACGCCGGUUGCAGUGCUUCGCGGCUCUCCGCUGCCUGUCCGCCGCGGCUGGACGUGCUCUCCCGCCACGCAGGCGUGACCAGCGCAGCAGCGGCGUGUGAAGCGCCCCUGCCAGCGACAUGCUGCGUGUGCCGCUGCUGCUGGCCGUGACGUGGGCGCUGCUGGGCCGCGGCCGGGCCCGCUACGAGCCCACGUGGGAAUCGCUCGACACGCGGCCGAUCCCGGCCUGGUACGACGAGGCCAAGUUCGGCAUCUUCCUGCACUGGGGCGUAUACUCGGUGCCCAGCUUCGGCGAAGCCUGGUUCUGGCAGCAGUGGCGCGGCGACAAAAACAAGGCGCACGUCGAGUUCAUGCGGCGCAACUACCGACCGGGCUUCACGUACGCCGACUUUGCGCCGCAGUUCACGGCCGAGUUCUUCGAGCCGGAUCGCUGGGCGGACCUGUUCGCCGCCGCCGGCGCGCGCUAUGUGGUGCUCACCACCAAGCACCACGAGGGCUUCACGCUGUGGCCGAGCAAGUACGCCUGGAACUGGAACGCCGUCGACACGGGGCCGAAUCGCGACCUGGUGGGCGACCUGGCGCGCUCCGUGCGGAACCGCACCAACAUUCGCUUCGGCGUCUACUACUCGCUGUUCGAGUACUUCAACCCGCACUGGUUGGCGGACAAGGCGAGCAACUUCACGCAGAACACAUUCCCGGCGGCCAAAGCGAUUCCGGAGCUGUACGAGCUGGUGUAUGGCUACGAGCCGGACGUGAUCUGGUCGGACGGCAGCAGCCAGGCGCCCAGCUCCGACUACUGGGGCAGCAAGCAGUUCCUCGCCUGGCUCUACAACGACUCGCCGAUCCGCGACCGCGUCGUCACCAACGACCGCUGGGGCACGGACUGCGGCUGCAAGCACGGCGACUUCAUCACCUGCGACAACCACUACAACCCGGGCGUGCUGCAGAAGCACAAGUGGGAGAACUGCAUGACCGUCGACCGCUACUUCUGGGGCUACCGACGCAACAUCUCGCUGGCCAGCAUCCGCUCCAUAGAGGAGCUGACCCGCGAGUUGGCCGAGACGGUCAGCUGCGGCGGCAACCUGCUGCUCAACGUGGGUCCCACGCACGACGGUCGCAUCGUGCCCAUCUUCGAGGAGCGGCUCCGCCAGAUGGGCCAGUGGCUCAACAUCAGCGGCGAGGCCAUCUACGCGUCGCGUCCGUGGGUGCACCAGAACGACAGCGUCACGCCCGGCGUGUGGUACACGCAGCGCGAGGGUCGCGUGUACGCCAUCGUGCUGGACUGGCCGCCGGCCGGCCGUCUGCGCCUGGGGAGUCUGCGCCUGCGGCAGGCCAGCGGCCGCCUCACACUGCUGGGAUUCGACGGCGGGCCUCUGCAGUGGCGCCAGCGGCCGGGCGCGCCGCUGCUGGUGCAGCUGCCGCCGCUGGAGAAGGUCAGCGCCCGCUGGGCCUGGGUGGUGCGCGCCGAGAACGCCGUGGCGCCGGGAGACGACGACGCCGCGGGGGUAGACCGGUCAGGGGAAGACGCCGUCCAGCUGGCGGGAGGCGACGGUGCCGGUAAAACCUCCGAGUUUCUGAACGAGAUAACAUUCCGGAAGUUCUCCUGCUACAGGCAGACCGCCGCCUUCUGGCAGAACACUGUCGCCGUCGGAGACAGCUCGGCUGGGAAGAAGGCGCCCUCCAGCAACGACGCCAAACCCGGAAACUGAUGCGGUAUGGUUACGGCCGCAAACCUUGGCAUGGACGAGCCUUUCUGCGUACACGAAGAGCGAUCUCCAACCACGCGCUUAGAUAUUAUCUAGAUGAGAGAUCAAGCAACGUUGAAUUUGCUCUGAGCCCCAACAAAGCUGCUUAGUAUAUAUAUAAAACACUUGGUGGAGGGAAAGGUCAUGGAUCCUUUGGCGGCCCUUGCUCGGCUAUGAUCCUGGCUCAAUCCCAUUAUCACAUAACCAUGGGCGCCUGGUCUUUGAGCUUGUCGCUUGCUGUGCAACUUAUGGCGUAGGGAUGAUAUUACUUACAUGGCGAGCGGCGUGUUUUGGAACUUCAAAUGAAGGGCUGUGAUAACCAACCAUAGUGAAAGCCAAAAAUCGACAUUGUCCUGUUGUCACGUAAACAAAGCGCCACAAAAUGUAAACAAUCUAACGGUACGGUAGCAGUACAACAUUGGGUAAUGGUACAUAACAGCUUACAGCUUGCCUUGGGAGCAAGUGUGCUUUGUAUCCUGUGUGUUUAUGGCAUGAUGGAAUUGACCAAACCAAAACGUACACUGUUGCGACAAUGCAUUGCUCCGCAAGUAGCUUACCUCAUAGUACAAGUGUCUGAGCCCGGCCCCACUUCAUAUGACAAGUUGAAUGGGAGCGAUGGAGUCCGGGUCCGAUAAUGAGUGAGAUUCAUCGAUUUAUUGCCAUUUAUCCCUCAUCAAUCCGAAUCUGGAAUCGAUUCUGAAGUCCUGAUGGCUCAGAUUAGCGCCAGCUAGUUGGUUUACCCGAUAUGACUAGAUUUGUCACAUUAUGUCGAUCAUGCAUUUAGUUACUUGGCGCGGGUAUCUAUCACCUGUUCGAGAAUGUCCGUGUGCUUCAACUAAAUGCCGUUUGUAUAGGUCCGCUCGGAACAACUUUGGGUUCUGAAUGUUGUUUUAGUCCAAUUGUGCGGAAGUGCUAUAAAU